AUGAACAGAGUAGCCUUGAGGGCCCAAAGGGGCUCAAGGUCUCAAGGAGCCAUUUGUCAUUAUUGUCAAUUCUCAACUGCGACACCGCAACGCCUUCCCUUCGCUCGGUCACCCACGAUCCAAGCCCGAUCCUCGAACAAUAACCCUGCGCUACAAUUGUUAAGAACAAACACUCGAUCCCCAUUACCCUACCCGCUUCUCAACUUGCGUACAUUUGCAUCCGACUCCACCAAUUUUGGUUUAGAAAUCCAACAAAUCGAAAGGGAUGCGUCGGCUUUGCACCAGUCCGACCAAGUCCCUUCCAACGAAUCCGUGGUGAAACUCCUCCAGAAAUGCCAAAAGAUCGCCGAGUCCCUAGUAUCGCGAGAGCACGAUCAUCCCGAAGGUUCCGCAAAUGACGAAGGAAACGCGACCUCAUCGUUACUGGAAAUGGAGGAGAAAAGCACCAAGCCCGCACCGCAAGCAAAGUCGUCAACCAAUCUGGAUCCCCGACUUGCAGACACUAUCUGCCGUAUCACAACCGACAUCCUGAAAGACGAAAAAGUGUUCAUCACCCCGGAAGCCCUAGAAAGCUACACCAAGACCCAAACUCUCUUGGAGCGAGCAGAACACCUCCCCGAGAUCUUCCACAUGUACGCCAACAAGCCCGUUCCAGAGGAAGGAAGCUCGCCGAUUAAAUUCCUCAAGGCGAAACCCAAGAGCAUUAACAGUGCUGUCCCCGCUGAACUUGCGAAUAUGGCUCUUGACGUGGCUAUCGCGCAGAAGAACCUCUCGCUGGUCCUGGCGAUUAUCGACAAUACUUUCUGUGCACCUGCUUUCCCUCGCGCGAAGAUCUUCAAGAAGGCUAGUGUACCCUUGGUCGGAUUAGCUGCUGCUCCUGCGGCAUGCUAUGCGCUCGCCUCGUGGGCGGCGACUUUCCAGAAUACUAUGGAUCCUAGCACAGCGACUGGAAUUGCUUUCGCUGCUUCCUUGGCCUACGUUGGUGGUACUUCGUCUCUUGGAAUUAUGGCUAUCACUACAGCCAAUGAUCAGAUGGAGCGGGUGGUUUGGUUAUCUGGUAUUCCUUUGCGGCAGCGAUGGUUGCGAGAAGAGGAGCGGGCGGCGAUGGAUAAGGUUGCCGUUGCUUGGGGUUUCAAGGAUCCUUAUAUGCGUGGUGAGGAGGUCGGUGAAGAGUGGGAGAGUCUCCGCGAGUUUAUUGGUAUGCGCGGUAUGGUUUUGGAUAAAACAGAGUUGAUGGCAGGCAUGGAAUAG